AUGUCUUCUCAGCGCACCGACUUCCCACCCGUCUCCUUCUCUGCAAAAUAUCCCCAGAAGAGCCUGAGGCUGCUCGAGUUGCCGCAUGAGCUGGUCGCUAUGAUCGAAGAGGGGAGGAAAACCGGCGCCGCCACGAGGAUGCAACUCAAGUCAGCGUCUACGAGCCAAGGAUAUCUACACCUCUGCACCAAGGAGAAAAUGUGGGCCGUCAAGCAAGUCAGUACCAGCAACAGCGUCUAUGUCACGGAGAGCACGAGCACGGGCACGGCCGGCGAACAACGCAGCAAGAGGAGGAAGAUUGAGCAGGACGAGGAUGAGGCUGAGCAGAUGGAUGUGGACCACGAACAAAGACGGAGACAAAAAGACGAGACCGGAGAGAUGACAGCAGUAGCCCAAGUGAAGAAUAUUCUCGAGUUGGUCGAUGUCGACACGGACGCCGGUCAGGUCGAGUCCAUGGUCAGGAAUAUGCUGCCUCCGUACCAAGAUGCCGAUGCCGAUGAUGACGAUGAAGAGAUCGGGAGAAACACGGAUAGCGACACAAAUGUCAGGGUGGAAGACAUGCUCCAUGGCAUUCCCGCGCCGGACAAGGCCAUUCUAGACGCCGCGCGGAGGUUGUUUGUAUUUGCUCUGGCGAAGGGCGGGGACGACGAACCGGCGCUCUACAUGCCUACCUCAUCACUGCUGCUUCGGGCGUGGAAGUCGCUCAUGCAGGCAUACACUCUUUCGGCCCACAAAGCGGAAUGGGACGACGUCGGAACUUGGCUCGGUCCGGUUCUGGAUGACAUGAGACGCGACAGUGACGACGAAAAUGAUAGCGCUCUCCUCACCGCGGUUGCCAUGGCCUGUGUACGACGACUUGCCGUCCUGCAAGUGGAUGCGGACUCUCAGCCCGCGGAGACGUUUAUUACGAUGCCGGAGAUCGUAGGCUGGGACGGUAGCGGAGGCUGCGCCGUCGUGGGACAAUGGCUCCUCAAGAGUCUCCAAAGGGGAAACAGGCCAAAGGCGGCGCAGGCAGUGUCGGUGGAAGCGUUCAAGCAGGAAUGGGAGCAGAUGUUACCGGACUCCUGGGCGAAAGAGUGCAACGUAGUCUCGCUGAUCAAGUCGACUCCUGGCGUCGAGAUCGUGACGGACGAUCAGGGCGAGGAAGUCUUCAAGUUCCCGACGACCACAGCACUUGACGGGUCAGGACGAAUAGCCGGCACCAACAAAAUUGCGGUCGGUCCGGCCCUUGCUCCUCCUACUACUGCUGUGGCCGACGUAAGAGCGCAGAAGAAAAGGAAAUGGCACGAGAAAUUUGGCGCGCAGAGAAACGCUGUCACGAAGAAAUAA